UCGCCGACGAAGAAACUCAAAGUGGCCUUUGACGACAACGUGCACAUACGAAUCAUGGACGACUGGAAUGAGAAGAGCGUCGAUUUGGUCAAAGAGGAGGUCCGUGUCGCCAUCAGAGGUCAUCUCACACCCACCACUCCCGCCGACGAUUCACAUUACCUACGCCUGCUGCAACUCUUGGGACAAAACGUGCUCUCGCCGGAUGCACCGAAUUCUGCUCUCCUGCUCAAAUACCUUCGCGCCCUCGAGGCUCGCGUCAGCCUCCUCGGAGAGUGCAAGCGAUUGGUCGAUGUCAUCCUAAAUCUUUCCUGGCUCGGUCGAGACGACGAGUUCGCCGGCGCCUACACACACUUCCUCCUGGUCCUGGCCACCGUGCAUGUCAAAUAUACCGAAGAAAUCUUGGAUCGUUUGGUUGCACAUUUCGAGCGAUUACCCGCUUCUGCCGGGCGCCUCCCUGGGCAUGAUGUCGUCUCUCGGAGCGUCAUGUUCGACCGACUUCAUGCCGCGAUCCACCUAGUAAUCAAGAGGAUUCCACUAGCCGGUACAUUGUUAUGCGUGGCGAUCCGGGACAACUCUCCGAAUGACACAGCCACUUCGCGAGCACAUCUGCAAUAUCAGCGACACGUCUUGCAACUGGCCCAGGAAGUCCCAGAGGUCCGUUCCGAGGUGCUGGCGUUCAUUGUGCAGCGCAGUGUUUCGAUCGAUGUUCAAAUACAAAAGGACAUUGACGAACUAGAUGAGGAAAGCGAGGAUCAAUUAUUGCAGAAGCCCAUGUCUAAAGAUGCCCUGCACAGCGACAUCGAAUCGGACAGUGAUCUGGACUCCAUGUCAGAGUCGGAAGCAACCUCAACAGAGGACCAACGACGGCUCAAACAGCUACGAUUACAAGUCACGAAACUUGAUGGCUCGCUUGAAAUGCUUUUCGAACACUAUACUCGCGAAUUCGAUGCAACAGCCGCGCCGGAGGAUAAUCUCGAAUUCCAAGAGCUUCUUUCGCACUUUACCAGUCUCAUCAUGAUCAAUCGUUCGAGGCAUGCACAGUUUCUGGUCUUCCACUUCGCUCAGCAGUCGCCGGAAUACGCCGCCUACUUCAUCCAGGAGUGUAUCAGAAUCAUCUUCGGCAACAGCCUGCAUUCCCAUCGCCUCACGGCCUGCGCGUAUCUGGGAAGUUUCCUGGCCAGGGCCUCACACGUGGGUGGUGACAUGAUCCGAGAAGUGUUCAGCGAGCUGUGCGUGUCCCUCGACGAGAUGCGCCGGCGGUACGAGCCCAGCUGCAUGGGUCCCGAUCGGCAACGCUACAACCUCUACUACACCGUCACGCAAACGCUCCUCUACGUCUUCUGCUUCCGAUGGCGGGACCUCGUCGUCAUCGACCCCGACGCCACCGCCCGUCUCGGAGACGCGCAUCUCACCGCCGAAGACAUCCUCGCCGACAACCGUGACCUAACCUGGCUCCCGGGCAUCAAAGAAACUCUCACCCGCAACAUCCACUCUUCCCUCAACCCCCUCAAAGUCUGCUCCCCGGCCAUCGUCGGCGAAUUCGCCAAGAUCGCAAAUCACCUCCGCUUCCUCUACAUCUUCUCCAUCAUCGAGCGGAACAAACGGAUCCGUCUGGGCCGAAUGACCAGUUUUCCGGACAUGGGCGAAUGGGAUCUCGGCCGCCGCGGUACGGCCCUGGACAGCAAAUCCGGCGACGCCCAUCAUCAGCUCGAAGCUUAUUUCCCCUUCGACCCCUACCAGUUGCCGCAGAGCAAGAAGUGGUUACAGGGCGAAUACAACACCUGGCAACUCCCUCACGGAAUGCCCACGGAUGAGGACGACGACGACGAGGAUGAGGACGAGGACGAGGAUGAGGAGGAUGAGUAUGAGAGCGACGAUGAU